AUGGUGCGACGGACUGCAGCCCGUGCUCCUAGGGGCAGAGGCACUCAGGGAACAGGAUCGAAGCGUCAGGUUUCUUCGGAUGACGAGGUUCCAGAGGUCUAUCGUGAUAUGCUCAGAGAUGCGGAGGCACGCGAUCCCGAGCAGUUCUCCUCAACUCAGCCGGUCAAAAAGCGCAGAUUUGCUGACACAAGGGCCAUUCCUGUUGGCUCUGAAACUGCAAUCCAGACCAAUCUGACGUCGGUUCCAAACUUAGAUCCUGUACGUGAAGUGCAGACCCUUUCUGAAUCGCCCACGGAAGAUGAAGAAUCUGGAAUUGAAUGGGAAGAUGUUCCGAUCGUCCAACCGGCUCAAGGCCCAUUAAGUCUGGCAAAUGAGUCCUACGACAAGAACGAACCUCUGGUCAUUACUUUUGAUCAAGAUGCUGGAGCUAAAAAACAAUCUGGCCCGAAGUGGAGGCCCCUCACAACGACAGAGAAGGAGCUCCGGUUGAAUGUGCACAAAACACAUCUUCUUUGCCUCUUAGCCCAUGUCAAUAUGCGAAACCGGUGGUGCAAUGACCCUCAGUUGCAAACUUUCUUGAGAUCAAUGGUGCCGAAGGAUGUCAUCAGGCUCCUUCAUCCACCUGCCGCUAAACUCGGCUAUCAGAAAUCUGUGUCUUUUAUGAAUGGCCUUAACGAGGUUGCAGAUAUUUUCAGCAAGCGGUUUCGCGUCACAUAUCCAGGCUUAAGACGAUCUCACUGGGCCGAUAAUGAAACCCAACGAAAGCAAAAAAUGGAGUCAAUCAUGCUUGAAGGUGAAAUGAUUUCAUCUCGAGAUGACUUUCGAUCCCAGGGUGAAACGAUGCAAGGAUCGCGAGACUUUGGAGCACAGCUGUUCUGUGCCCUCUUACGGUCACUGACUAUAGAGGCCAGAAUCAUAUGCUCCCUCCAGCCACUCCCGCUCGGAGGUAGUGUCAAGCCCGAUACGACGCCCGAGGAGACGAACUCGCAGUCCACUGUUCCUCCUGACAAAAACACGUCUCCUGUAGACAGCCAGAAGAAUAUGUCGGAACCGCCUGCUCCAUCUAGAUCUCGACGAAUCGGGCGCCCUACAUUCAGACCUGGCCCCACGAGACCGUCGUCCACUCGAUCGAAGAAGACUUCGAAAGAGAUACUGCACGAUUCACCGUGUCCAGUCUUUUGGGUCGAGGCUUGGAAUGAGGGCGCUGGAAAAUGGAUUGUGGUUGAUCCUGUAGUUACGAAAACUCUAGCGAAACCUGAAAGAAUGGAGCCUUCGGCCAAGGAUCCCUAUAAUGCAAUGACCUAUGUCGUGGCAUUUGAUGAUGGUGCUUAUGUCAGAGAUGUUACCUGUCGCUACACCAAAGCAUUCAACGCCAAAACUCGCAAGAACCGGGUCGAAAAUAAGAAAGGCGGAGCAAAGUGGUGGCAUGAUGCACUUUCAGUGCUCGAAAAGCCAAUACUUGAAGCUCAUGAUGAAGCAGAUAUCAAGGAACUUGCUGCUUUACUCGAAGCUGAACCGAUGCCCAAAAACAUCCAAGAUUACCUGAACCACCCGGUCUAUGCACUGGAGAGGCAUCUGCGUCACAAUCAAGCCUUCUACCCCGUCGGUCGAAAGAUAGGCUCCGUCGGCUUGAGCAAAGCCACAUCGAACAGCGACAAACUUGAGCCUGUGUACCGCAGGUCUGACGUUCAUACUGUACGAGCUGCUAGGAGAUGGUACCUGUUGGGCCGAGAUGUGAAGGUCGGAGAACAGCCUCUGAAACAUAUCCCUCGUCGCAACAAGUCUCAGCAGCACACCAGUGAUGAUGAAGACGGCGAGACAGCGCUUUAUGCAGAGUUUCAGACCGAACUGUAUCGUGCACCGCCUGUAGUUCGGGGAAUAGUUCCAAAGAAUGCAUUUGGAAAUUUGGAUCUCUUCGUCCCAAGCAUGACACCCCCAGGAGCAGUGCAUAUCAAGCACAAGGAUGCGUUGCGUGCAGCUCUUAUUCUUGGCAUAGACCAUGCACGAGCUGUAACUGGGUUUGAUUUUCAGUCGCGCCCAGGCGUCGGAACGGCUCUAGUGAACGGCAUCGUGAUUGCAGAGGAAUUUCAAGAAGCUAUUGAGGAAGUAUUGAGGGGCCUUGAGGAUGAAAGAGAACAAGAAGCCCUCGAAGCAAGAUCAGAAGAAGUUCUCCGCCUUUGGCGAUUGUUUCUUCUUAAACUUCGGAUAUCAGAGCGUGUGAAAGAAUAUGCCAGCGAUAAUGAAGAAGCAGAAGAUCCCCUGGAGCAGAAUCUCGAUAUCGAUCCGGCCGAGAGGGGAGGUUUCCUUCCUGAAGAAGGCGGGGGAUUCCUUCCAGAAGAAGGUGGAGGAGGGUUUCUUCCAGAGACAGCGGCAUUAAUGCCAAGCCCAUCUCGAGAUGUGCAGAUGGAGUUGGAAGCACAGGACUCUACCUCAAAUGUUGAGAUUGGAGGCUUAGUUCGCGAUCGGGGGAAGUCUCGACGGGGUAUCAGAGAUACCGAGGGAGGCUCUACCGUCGAUGAACCAUUGGAGGUUGCGAAGGAUAAUUCCGUCGCCAUAUCUUCAAAGCUGCCUUCGGCCUCCCAGCAGAUUCCCAAGAAACGUAUCGGAAAGGUUCCUCACUACAACCUGAUUGUGGUGCCAAAAAAAUCCGAUCAAUCCCCUAAGUCAUCGCCUCCCCCUAAGAAGCCAUCGUCCAUGGGACUUUAUGGUAGCGCUGAGGACCCCACAGCAGCGGUUGACAACCCCAUUUACGACGGUAACACAGCUUCGGCAAACAAGGAUAGCCAAGUCCAUCUGAAUCAAUCCGUGCGCGAGCCCGUCCAGUCACCCAAGCUCGCAGUCUCAAGCUCUGAUAGUGAGAUUGAGAAGGGCUCGUUGAUGUCUGAAGAUCCCGAGGAUGAAGAUGCGAUUCCAGAUUGGCUUGUCUGA